ACGUCUGGAACACAAACGGUCGGUUUUGUUCAACGGGUUAGAGUUCUCCAAAAAUUGAGCAUUUAGCUGUUUUUUCCUUUUAUUUAUGACAUAACUAAGGUUUUAUUUCACGCUUUAACCGUCGGACUAGGUUACAAUGGUUGCUGCGGCUCGAAAGGAACGGAUUUUGGACUCUGAGAGAAGUCAUGUUAGCCUAAUUAGCAUUCAAACUCGCUUUUGUGAAAGUGCCCGGUAGCAUUUUUGAGGAAAAUGAAGAGAAAAAUGUCGAAAUUAAGAUUGAGUCCCAACGAAGAGGCUCGUAUAAUACGUGAGGAGCUUGACAGGCGGAGGAAACUACGGAUCCAGCAGGUGCGGGAGCAGCAGCGGCAGAUUGCGCUGCAGAUCCGGCGGGAGGUGGAGCAGCGCCGGCAACAGGAGCUGCGGCAGCUGGAGGAGCAGCUGAGGGAGGACUGGGAGAGGCGUCAGAGGGAGAAGCUACACACGCUGCAGAGUUUGUAUCUGGAGAGCCUGCAGCUCAUCGGUCAGAGCCACAGAAGCGCCAAGGAAACCGAAGUUGAGCUGGCAGCUGCAGCUCAGAGAGAGGAGGAGCAUCAUGCUAAAGCAGAGGAGCGUUACUGUGAAGCUUUGAAGGAACUCAAGAUCCAAAAAACUAAAGAGCAGGAGAGACAGAAACGAUCCAUCAAUGCGAGGAAGAAAGCGCUGCAGACGGAGAAGGAACGAUCAGCUAAAGUGGCCAGACUCCCGCCGCCUCCGCCUGAUCCCAUCCAGGACAUCGAUCCCAGGAAGUCCCACAUGGUGAAGAGAUCGAAUCUGAACGCCUUCGCUACCACUCGCUAUCACAUGCCAGAGAGCGCCGUGGCGAAGGAGCCGGAGGCGCUGCAGUCUGAUGCCAGACUGGAAGCUGACCUGGAGUCCAGGAGGCUGCAGGAGCUCCAGAGGGAGGAGGACAGGAGGAGAGAGGAGCAGCUGGAGAAGGCCCGGGUCAGAGGGAGGCAGGCCCUGAGGAGGGAGCAGCUGGAGCAGGACCGGGAGCGCCUCCUGGUGGAGCUGCAGCACCUGCAGCAGACCGACCUGCUGCGGCGGAGGCAGCAGGUGUCCCGGAUGCCACCACAGAUCUUCCAGCCUCUCUACCAGAGGCAGGAGGCCAGGGAGGAACUCCAGAGGGAACUGGAGUUUGCCUUCGAGGACAUGUACACCGGAGAGAGACGGGUAAAAGGUGACCUGGUGGUCCAGCUGGUACCGGAGCCUCUCCCAACCUCAUCCAGCACCGAUCUGGAUCUGGACCCGGAUCAGGACCUGGAUGUCACUGUGGAUGAAAACGCCGAACCCGAAGCAGAAAAUAUUCAGAAUGACUUUGGGGAUGAAGUUGAAGGCAGAGAGCAGGAAGCAGCAGAUGGCGCAACUCCUCCCAGACAGGCGCUCCGGAAACUCCUGGAUCGGAUCCGGAGCCAAAGAACCGACUGGAUCAACGGCAGCAGCCAGGUUCCUGCAGCGGAUUCUCCGUCCGUCGACACAGAGCUGAUCCCAGAGCGAGACAUGAGCAUCGAAACCGGAUCUCUGACCCCCGAGGCGCUCAGUGAACCCGGCGUGCCUGCACCGACUGUGGAACCAGCAGAACCGCCACCAGCAGCAGAACGUUCACUUCCUGCCAAUUUUCUGAGCAGAAUCCAGGAAGCCGAAGAAGAACGGAAGAAGCGGGAAGCAGAGCUGGAGGUGGAGAAGCAGCAGCAGCUUGCUCUCCUCCAGGAACUGGAGGAGCAAAAAGCGGAGCUGGAGCAGAUGCUGCAGGAGGCUCAGAGGGAGAGGGAGCAGCUGAGAGCUGCUGCCCAGCAGGAGGCGCUGCUCCUCCAACCACAGGUUCCUGUCCAGGACCGCUCCCCGAUCAGCUUAACCUCUGAGGAAGAAGCUGUGGCUCCUGCAGAGGAAGGCGUGUCCACCAGGAGGCUCAGACAGUACCAGCAGCGCCUGCUGGAGCAGAACAGGAUUCACCAGAGAUCCGUGGAAGUGGCCCGGCAGCGGCUGGAGGAAUACCAGCGAGCUCUCCGGAUCCGCCACAACCUGACCGCCACCGCCUUGUUGAGGCCUCCCGUUCAUCCUGCGUUCCUCGCUCCCCCGUCUGAAAGUCACCCAGCGACACCCUCGGUGCCUUCAGGCGUGUCACUUCCUGCUUUCAGCAGCAGCGCCGGCUCCAGCGUACCGUCCAUUACGAACCGGUUCAACUCACUGAGACCAGACGCUGCUUCGCUCGCCGACAGCCAGAGGAUAAUGGAGCGAGUAGCGAAGCUCCUGCCGGACAGACCAAGAGCUUCGCCGGUCGCUGCAGGGCCGUACGAACCCGACGCCGCACACGGAUCAGCCAGCUCCUCGGCCACCUUUGACCCGAUGACCCUGACCUCCAGAGAGGCGGACCGCAGGAGACGGGUCUGCCUGCAGGAGGCCCAGAGACGGGUGGUGGAGCAGAGGGCGGCGCUGAUGCUACAGAAGGAGCAGCAAGAGGAGGAGAGGCUCAGAGCGGAGGAGGAGCUGCAGCACAUGAGGAGGCAGAAGGAGGCGCUGCAGGCUCUGAUCGACGCCGAUAGACGAAGCGGUUCCGAUUCUCCCAGUGAAGCUUCGGACCCACAGGAGGCCGAGCGGAAACGGCUGCAGCUGCUGGCAACUCUGCUGAGAGCCAUCGAAGAGUCGAAUGGAGGAAGUCUGUCCCACUUAGAGGAGCCGGAGGACGGAGACGACUCCCUUCAGCCCGAUCUUAGAGGAAGAGCUCCUCUGGUUCCGAGCGUCGUUCCUCCAGAACCUUCUGGACUCCUCCAUCCUCCACGGAAUCAGAAGCCUCCAGUGACGCGGGUCAAACUGGGUUUCAAGUGGAUGAUUCCUCAACAACAUGAGCUCAGCGCCAUCCAAGAGGUGGAGACUCCGGUCAACAUGAGUCGGGUUACAGGCUGUAGACCCAAUUCUGCUGAACUGCGGCUUGUCUUUUCUGGUCCAGAAGACGACGAUCCUUCACACCCGCAGGAAGGUUCAGGAUUUUUCUCCACAGCUGACAGGACUGCGCUGUCUGUGUCUGUCUCCAGCUGUAGACCCGAUUCUGCUGGGAGACGGGUCGCCUUUUUAGGCCCAGAAGAUGACAUUCCUUCAAUCCCAGCAGACUACAACCUGCGGUGUCGUUCUGCCAAGAGACGGGUCGUCUUUUCAGACACUGAAGGCGACAUGCGUGCCCGCUCAGCAGACGGUAACCUGCAGGAUUCAGUACAUGACACAAGACAGUCUGGGUCUGUCUCCAGCUGUAGAAAAGACUCUGCUGGGAGACGGGUUGUCUUUUCAGGUCCAGAAGACGAUGUCCCUUCACGCCUAUCAGACGUUAACCUGCAGGAUUCUUCUGCCAAGACACGGGUCGUUUCUUCAGGCCCAGAAAAUGACUUUCCUUUAUGGCCUGCAGACUCCAGUCUGCAGGGUGAUUCUGUAUCUUUAUCCACGUCUGACAGGACUGCGCAGUCUCUGUCUGUGUCCAGCUUUAGAGCGGAUUCUGCUGGGAGACGGGUCGUCUUUUCAGGUCCAGAAGAUGCCGUUCCUUCACUCCCAGCAGAAGUUAACCUGCAGGAUGGUUCUGUUGAGAGCCGGGUCGGGUCGGAGACCUCCUGCCGUCUUCCCUGGAGGGAGCGACUGCUGUCUGGAGCAGCAACGACUCCAGAGUCGUCUGAUUCCGAUUCAGCCAUGAAAGCGACGUCACCGCCUUGUUCUGAUUCUGGAAGAGGAGCCGACUCGCCCGGUCCUGCAGCUCUGAGCUCCAGAUUCCCCUCAGAGGCUCUCUGCAGGUUCGCCGGUUCCGACUGCCUCUCCUCCACCACCAUCUCCAGCGGCAGCUACGUCUCCACCGACCCGGAACAAAAUGUCGCAGACGACCCUCGGCUCUUCAACCCAACUGGACCGGGUUCUGGUGGCGUUUCCUGUGCAGGUUUUCGGGACUCGUCCGUCCCCGCCGGUCUGCCUGUAGACUCGGUGUUUAACGACAGCGUCAUCCAGCGCAUCAUCGAUAAAUACACCAGAGAGCUCGACGUCUCGCUCAGCGCCGCAGGAACAACUACAGACAGCGACGCUCUGGAGGAGUCCGGCUCUUCGCUCUCUCAGCCAUCCAGGACGGAGGAUGAGACCUCGGCUCGUCGUCGGGACGUCCGGCGCCACCCGACGGCCGGUCAGGACCCCAACCCGGAGCAGACGACCCCAGGUCAUCCCGCCCUGGAGCGUUUCUGUCCCGUCGACCCGGACCAGAACCCGUCCUGCUUGGCUCCAGAGAGGCUUUCGGUUUUGGAGCGGUUGGUCGGCCAGCCAUCGGCUCACUCCUCCAUGAUCGGUGCCAGGCCCGGUCCGCCGGAUCGGAGCGGCUGGGACUCCACUCUGAGCCGGAUGAUCGGCCGCCUGUCCCAACAGUCCGACUCUCCGGGUCCGGGUUUCUGCGCUGGUCAUGACACGUCGGAACGGUCCUGGUCGGAUGAGCUACCGGAGGAGAUCCGGAUGAGGGUUCUGGUUGGAGAGCUGCAGGUCUCUGCCGAUCAGCACAGUGAAAGCUCCGGUGAACGAAGUUCUGCAGCUGAGUCCAGAGAACCAUCAGGACUGCAGCGUUGCCUGGCUGGGAGUCCGCCCGCCUCGAACCCGGUGCUGCAGAACCGAGCCGGCCUGGAGGACCUGGACCCGCACGGCGCCGACGAUUCGUUUCACCUGCUGCAACCAGAAAUCACCCACAACGAAACCGCUGAGCCCUCUGUGACCUUUCAGCUUCCUGACCUCAACACCUCUGACGAUCCAUCGCUGGAGCAGCUGAGAGUGGAGGAGCCGCACGGCCGCAGAGAAGUUCAGGAGUCCUUCUCCCGGCUCGUCAUCUCCGAGUGCGUCCAGCAGGACUCUGUCCUGAUGUCGUCCCCUGCCCUGAGGACGCUGCCACACGUGUCCCGCGCCCCGGGGACGCCGCCACACGUGUCUCCCGCCCCAAGGACGCCACCCUGCGUGUCUCCCGCCCCGGGGACGCCGCCCCGCGUCUCCCCCGCCCCGGGGACGCCGCCCCGCGUCUCCCCCGCCCCUAGGACGCCGCCCUGUGGGUUCAGGGAAGCGUCCGCUCUCGGCUCGUCGGAGACAAAAUCCUCCAGAGUUUCCGUCCCAGUCUGUGAACGUCAGGAGGUUUUCUCCACCUCAGAAAUCACACCGGAGUCAGACGAGGAGAGGGGCAUCCUGGAGCAGUCUCAGAUCACGUUGGUGAGUCUGACGGACACGACGCUCCAGGACGCGGUCGCCACGGACGACGAGGGACUGCAGGACGGCGACGGUGCAGACAGCAUCACAGAUGGACAGGAAACCAUGGAAACGGAGCCAACAGAGGGGGCUGAAUCCACGUUGGCUCAUCAGACGCCAUCAGCGUCCCUCCUGGUGUCCCUCUGGAGUCCCGGCAGGAACCUUCAGGACGUCUUCCAGCAGCGGCGCCGGGUUCUCAUGCAGCGGUCUGACCGCCGCGUUCAGGAGAUCAAAGCCAAGCGGGCUGCCGCCAGGAAUGGACCUGGUCGGGUUCUGGUCGAAGGACGGGACCCGGGUAGAGCCGCGGUCCAGACCGUCCCCAGGAAGGAGACGGCAGAGGACAGGAAGAGAGCGGAGAGGAAGCUCCGCCCACCUCCACCAGGUCGCCGCUCCAGUCCUCAGAUCGGAACCGACGUUCGGAUCAGCGAUCCGGAUCAGAGGAAGCGGAACCUGUCAGAGAUGCACCAGCGGACCCAGAGGCUGUACGAGCAGCUGGAGGAGGUGAAGCAGCAGCGAGCGGCCCGCAGCCGGCAGGAGGACUGGGCCAGGAACCGGCUGAGGGCCAAGGAGUUCCACAGGGUAGGAGCGUUUCCGCCUCCGGGUUCUUGCAGCAGAACCGCAGCUCACUCUGAUUUCCCUUCACAGAAAACGCUGCAGAAGCUCCGAGCCAAGCAGACGCCAACGUUUUAAUUUAUCACCUUUAUUUAAUAAAAACUCAGAUUGUUUUAAAGA